GAAUCCAUUUUCAAAUAACCCAUUUGAUUCUCCCUGUUCCUCUUCUUCACAGAUAUAUGUUGGGGAAAGGAGGAAAACGGAAGUUUGAUGAGCAUGAAGAUGGGCUGGAAGGCAAAGUUGUGUCUCCUACUGAUGGUCCAUCGAAGGUGUCCUACACCUUACAGCGCCAGACUAUCUUCAACAUUUCCCUUAUGAAGCUCUAUAACCACCGGCCACUGACGGAGCCGAGCCUGCAAAAGACAGUUCUGAUCAACAACAUGCUCCGGCGGAUUCAGGAGGAGCUCAAGCAGGAAGGCAGCCUGAGACCCGUGUUCCUCACCGCCUCGCAGCCGCCCGACGCGCUGGGGGACGACUUCCGGGAGGCGCAGCCCGCCUUCAGCCAGCUGGCCUCCUCGCCGGCCCACCCCACCGACUCGGCAAACACUACGUCCCUAGAGGCCUGCCUCACGCCCGCCUCCCUGCUGGAGGACGAUACUUUUUGCACUUCUGCGCCCGUCCCAGCCAGCGGCCCCCCGAAACUCCCACCUCCGCCCGCCCCACCCGAAAAGGACAGCUUCUCCUCCGCCUUGGAUGAAAUCGAGGAGCUCUGUCCAACACCUACCUCCGCCGAGGCGGGAGCCGGAGCCGCCUCCGCCGCCGACGGCGCAAAAGAAGACUCCUGCGCGGCCAACGCUCAGAAGCCCGAGGGGCUCCCGGAGAGCCGGGCGGCAGACCCCAAACUCCUGGACUCUCUGCCGGGGAACUUCGAGAUAACAACCUCCACGGGCUUUCUGACAGACUUGACCUUGGACGACAUUCUGUUCGCCGACAUAGACACGUCCAUGUAUGACUUUGACCCCUGCACGUCGGCUGCGGGGGCAGCCUCCAAAAUGGCGCCCGUCUCGGCAGACGACCUCCUCAAGACUUUAGCUCCCUAUAGUAGUCAGCCAGUCGCCCCCAAUCAGCCUUUCAAAAUGGACCUCACAGAACUGGAUCACAUAAUGGAGGUGCUUGUCGGGUCGUAAAGCCUAGAAAACCCCAGACUUUUUUUUCUGUACCAGUAUAUACACACUCGGUAGUAUUUUCACAACCCUACAGAUUCACAGCACUGUGCAUGCAUCGUCCUUGCUUGCCUUUUCCAGGAAAAAAGAAAAAAAAAAAAAAAAGGAUCACACUAGUACUUUUUGCCUCAAGCAGAGUUGGAGUGCCUUCAUCCAUGUAUGACCACUUUUAAUGUGUUUUGAAGUGGUUCCUCAAAGAAGACCUAAUAUCCUGGUAUAGGAAAGAAUACAUAUGGAAGACAAUAUUCUUACAUUGUUAUUAUUAAAAAAAAAAAAGCGAAGCACAAGGAUUAAGUUGGGGAAAGCUGUAAAUUGCAUGUGCAUAUUUGUCUAUUUUUUCUAUAAGUUUUAUUGCAAGAGGUAAAAAAUUUAUUAUUUAGAUAAUCUCAGUAUCUUUUUUGGCAUUUUAGCCCUGUGUAGGUUGACUUAGCAAUUCAGCCUUUUGGAGGCAUUAACUACUCCUCUUAAGUGUUGCAUUUACAUGGCUGUUUAGAAACUGCUGCCCAAAUUUAUUUUAUAUUUUUGUACAGAUUCUGCAGUUUAUGAUAUUGUUUUUCUAAAAACAAAUGCUGUUUAUACACACAAAAUAGCUAUUUUGAUAGGAUUUGCUCACAUAGUUCCUGCAUACUUCAAAUGUACAAGAUACGCUUGUACUUUUAUACAGAGUUGUAAUGUUUUAUAUGUGUAUGGUGCAAAGAGAAAAUCAGAUCAAAUUAAUCUGCAGUCGAUAUUCCUAAAUGCAAACACACAGUGCUUUAAGAAAGGGCCAGGAGAUAUUUCACCCAAGUUUCACAAGUACCAACUCCCUGGUAUACAAACACCUGUGUACUACUGUGAUUUCUAAACCUAGAGCCAUGUCUACUCAUCAAACUUGUAUUAAGCAGUUGGCAGGAAAUAGCUGUGAAACUUGGGUUCUAGGGGACAGUUCUCUGUAGCUUUCUUUUUGGAGAGGAAGGCUACCGAAAACUUAGCCUUCGAGUAUGUAUGCCAAGUUACUGUUUUUAAUUUUUUUAAAAUUGAACCCAAAUGUUUCAUUUUAACAUAAUUUUCUCUGUGACUUGAACUUAAUUAGCUUUCUAGAAAAUCAUUACAUCUGAACUGAAUUUUAUUAAAAGUCAAUCAUUUUAUGGAAUGAAAAUACCUAUUGAGUAAGUUUAUUUUGUUUUUAAAUUGCAUUUUUAAAAGGCAUACAUCAUUUAUUCAAAUCAUCUUAUACCAUUCCUCCU